GGACCUGGAGAGCAAGGUGAAAAAGAUGGGCUUGGGCCAUGAGCAAGGAUUUGGUGCCCCCUGCUUAAAAUGCAAGGACAAGUGUGAAGGAUUUGAGCUUCAUUUCUGGAGGAAAAUAUGCCGCAACUGCAAAUGUGGCCAGGAAGAGCAUGAUGUCCUCACGAGCAACGAGGAAGAUCGGAAAGUGGGGAAACUCUUUGAAGAUACAAAGUACACGACCCUUAUUGCAAAGCUGAAGAGCGAUGGCAUUCCCAUGUACAAACGCAAUGUAAUGAUACUGACUAACCCAGUGCCAGCCAAGAAGAACAUAUCCAUCAAUACUGUGACUUACGAGUGGGCUCCUCCUGUUCAGAAUCAGACUCUUGCUAGACAGUAUAUGCAGAUGCUACCAAAGGAGAAGCAGCCUGUUGCUGGCUCAGAAGGCGCGCAGUACAGGAAGAAGCAGUUGGCUAAGCAGCUGCCUGCUCAUGAUCAGGAUCCUUCAAAAUGCCAUGAGCUCUCCCCCAGUGAAGUUAAACAGAUGGAACAGUUUGUGAAGAAAUACAAAAAUGAGGCACUCGGUGUAGGAGAUGUUAAGCUUCCUGGUGAGGUGGAAACAAGAGCUGCUGACAAGAGCAAUUUGAACAAUGGUGACAGAGGUACCUCAGCUGCUGUAGGAGCAAUGGAGGAGAAGUCCCCAGAUCAGAAGACAUCUCAGUAUUCCUGCUAUCGCUGCAAACUGAUCAUGAAAGAAGGUGACCCAGCUGUCUACGCAGAACGUGCUGGAUAUGACAAAUUGUGGCACCCAGCUUGUUUUGUCUGUUGCACCUGCAGUGAACUUCUAGUAGACAUGAUUUAUUUCUGGAAGAAUGGUAAUCUGUACUGCGGAAGACAUUAUUGUGAUAGUGAAAAACCUCGCUGUGCUGGAUGUGAUGAGCUAAUAUUCAGCAAUGAAUAUACACAAGCAGAAGGUCAGAACUGGCAUCUGAAACACUUCUGCUGUUUUGAUUGUGAUUGCGUUUUGGCUGGGGAAAUCUACGUAAUGGUGAAUGACAAGCCAGUCUGCAAGCCCUGCUAUGUGAAAAACCAUGCUGCGAUCUGCCAAGGCUGUCAUAAUGCUAUAGAUCCAGAAGUUCAGCGUGUGACAUACAACAACUUCAACUGGCAUGCUACGCAAGAAUGCUUCUUGUGUUCCUGUUGCAGCAAGUGCCUAAUUGGCCAGAAGUUCAUGCCAGUGGAGGGGAUGGUCUUUUGCUCUGUGGAAUGUAAGAAAAAGAUGAUGUCAUAAGAGAAGACAUGCAUAGAAUCGAGCAUUGCUGCGUUCCAAAGGCUUUUGUAUUUCUACUGUAAAAUAUAUAGUAUCAGGGCAUUUAAAGUUAUUGAAAGUGUUUAAUAGCAUUUUCCCAAAGAUUUUUCUUUUUGAAUGACUAAAACUUGCUAUGUAAUCUUAAUUUCUUAAACAUAAUAAUACUUUCUUUUUUGGAAUAUUGUUCCUGACUCUUAUGUCAAAUGACUUUGUAUCCCAGAAAUGUAAGAAAAAAAAUGCUAUGAACUAUACACACUUUAAGGGAGCUCUUCACCGUGAAGGAUCUUUUUGCUUUAUCUUGUCUAAUGGAAGAAGAAAACGUGAAAAUGCUCCAAUUUUUCUUGUAUUAUAAAAGUAACUCUUCCACUUUUGGUUUCACUAAUUUAUCAUUUUCAUAGUUUCCCUGCUUUCAUCAAGCACUUUAGACAAAAUGAUCAGCUUUACAACCUCAUACAGUUUUGCUUACUAGACUUCAAGUAUGCAGGGAGAAUGUAGCUUAAAAAAAAAGUUCCCUGCAAUUGUUUGCUUGUUGACACAUUAGUUCUGAGGGAUGGUAACCACUGUCACACCUAGUUUGUAAAGUAACUCUGUACCAGCAGAAAACUGCUGAUACAUGUUUCUCUUAUAACUGUUCAUUGAAAAGUUCUUAUUUUACAAAUAUUGGUGUCACUUUACAGAUACUGGGCAGAAGGAGAGAAAAUAUAGGAGGAGGUCUUGCCCAGAUUUAAAAAAAAAUAGGCAAUAAAAUCCACCAAUGUUAGUGUGUGUCACCCUUAUCCUUUCAGAACUGGAUUCUGAUUUGGUUUUUUUGAAUGAAUGUUGUUCUUGUAAAUUGUGCCUUCUGUCAGAGGGACAUGGCUCACAAUAACAUAUGUAUUUCCAAGAAUGUAAUUCUGCAAAAGGAUCGUACUUAAGCUUUUGAUUUGUAAGUUCUUAGUUCUUAACCAAAGCAAAAUGAGUCUUUCAAAGAAGACGUCCAGAACUUGAGUGGAAAAAAUCACAGCUGUGUAUUAGAUUUGUUUACUAGAUAAGCCAAAUGUGUGGUUCUCUUUAAGAGUUACAGAUCUAGGGUGAAACUUGUUAGCUUUGUGCCAAACAGUGAAUGGAGAGUCUUUGGCCUAAAGAGGAAAAAAAAUGAAAUUUUAAAAAAUCUAUGCAAGUUUUAUGUUCAGCUCUUAAGUUUUAUGGUGGCUGUAUUGUAACACAAAUAAAAAUUAGUGGUGUUCACUUGA